ACGGGUUCCUCUGCUGUCUUGUGAAACAAAAGCAGCAGGGAUGGGAAACCAAGUGGAGAAACUGACCCACCUCAGCUACAAGGAGGUCCCCACAACCGACCCGACGGGUAUGGACAGAGACGAGGGUCCCAGGAUUGGGGUCUCCUACAUAUUUUCCAAUGAUGAUGAUGAAGUGGAGCCCCAGCAGGACUCGGUGGUGUCCGACUUAGGCAGGGACCCCCCCGCAUCGCAGCCCUAUGACCCGCAGCUUCAUGAAGUAGAGUGCUCCAUUUAUUAUCGCGAUGAGUGCAUUUAUCAGAAAAACUUUUCUGGGGAGGAUACAUUAUCGGAUGAGGUGGAUGGAGGUGGAGGGGGCCAUCUAGCCACCUACACCCCAGAAAACCUGUUGAACAGGUGCAAACCUGGCGAUCUGGUGGAGUUUGUGUGCCAGGCUCAGUACCCACACUGGGUGGUAUACGUCGGGGAUUUCCAAGUGGUGCAUCUACAUCGAUUGGAAAUAGUGAACAGCUUUCUGACAGAUGCCAGCCAGGGCAGGAGAGGACGCAUCGCAAACCAGUUGUACCAUUACAAACCACUAAGUCCCGCAACAGUGGUACGGAAUGCCCUGGAUCAAGUGGGUUGCAAGGACCGGGAUCUGAGCUGGAGGAACUCGGAGUGUUUUGCAGCCUGGUGCCGUUACGGCAAACGUGAGUUCAAAAUUGGUGGUGAGCUGCGGAUAGGCAAGCAGCCCUAUCGGUUACAGAUCCGGCUGGGAGACAAACGCAGCCACACGUUAGAAUUCCAGAGCUUGGAGGAUCUUAUUAUGGAGAAGAGGAGGAAUGACCAGAUAGGGAAGGCAGCAGUCAUCCAAGAACUGUCCAGCCAUCUUCAGCCGGCCGAAGCAGAAGAUGAUGAUGAUGCUAAUAAUGAGCCCAGUGCCCGGACUGCCACUGAGUAGCAGCUCUUGUACUGCCCAGGCCGCUUAGCCUGGGUGACGGGGAUUAAAACUGAAGGCGGCAAAAUUGAGCUGUUAUAAGCCCUUUGGGCUGCUUCAAUGCAGCUUCACUCAAUCACAUGUGAAGGGAAGGGGGAAAGCUGAUUAAGGAUCAGCACUUCAGCACUUAACUCCUUCAGUGCUUGAUAGAGCCAGCAGCUUGAUGUAUU